AUGCCGUCCUCUCAACCCACCGCAGGUGACUUGGCCGUGAAGCCAGAGUACCUCUCCUCUCAGCCAUCGCCAAUGGCCAAGCCCACGGAGCCCAACCGAAACACCAAAUAUGACCCCAAGAAACCUCACAUCACCGAGACACCCAUAACCAGGUCGAACUGGUACAAGCAUGUCAACUGGCUCAAUGUCACCUUGAUUAUCCUCAUUCCUCUCUACGGCUGCAUCGGAGCCUUAUGGGUCCCUCUUCGACUCAAGACCGCCCUUUGGGCCGUGGCAUACUAUUUUGCUACCGGACUGGGGAUCACAGCUGGCUAUCACAGACUGUGGGCACAUACCUCAUACUCGGCCACCCUCCCUCUCCGGAUCUUCCUCGCCGCCGUGGGUGGUGGUGCAGUUGAAGGUUCCAUCCGAUGGUGGGCCAGAGAUCACCGCGCUCACCACCGAUACACCGACACUGACAAGGACCCCUACUCUGUUCGAAAAGGUCUGAUGUACUCCCACAUCGGGUGGAUGGUCAUGAAGCAGAACCCGAAGAGAAUUGGACGUACCGACAUUUCCGACUUGAAUGAAGACCCAGUCGUUGUCUGGCAACACCGGAACUAUUUGAAGGUGGUCUUUUUCAUGGGUCUUAUUCUGCCCACCAUCGUUGCCGGUCUGUGCUGGGGAGAUUGGCUGGGUGGAUUCAUCUAUGCCGGAAUCCUCCGCAUCUUCUUCGUCCAGCAAGCCACUUUCUGCGUCAACUCGUUGGCUCACUGGCUUGGAGACCAGCCAUUCGAUGACCGCAACUCACCUCGCGACCAUGUCAUCACAGCUUUGGUCACUCUCGGCGAGGGCUAUCACAACUUCCAUCACGAAUUCCCGUCCGACUACCGCAAUGCCAUAGAGUGGCACCAGUAUGACCCCACCAAAUGGUCGAUCUGGAUGUGGAAGCAACUCGGUCUGGCCUAUGAUCUGAAGCAGUUCCGCAGCAAUGAAAUCGAGAAAGGUCGUAUUCAGCAAUUGCAAAAGAAGCUUGAUCAGAAGCGGUCCAAACUCGACUGGGGUGUGCCCUUGGACCAGCUGCCGGUCAUGGACUGGGAGGAUUACGUCGAUCAAGCCAAGAACGGUCGUGGCCUGGUUGCCAUUGCUGGUAUCGUGCACGACGUCACCGACUUCAUCAAAGACCAUCCAGGUGGCAAGGCAAUGAUUCAAUCCGGCAUCGGAAAGGAUGCCACUGCCAUGUUCAAUGGUGGUGUGUACAUGCAUAGCAAUGCUGCCCACAACUUACUGUCGACUAUGAGGGUGGGUGUUAUUCGUGGUGGGUGCGAGGUCGAGAUCUGGAAGCGCUCGCAAAUGGAGGCCAAGGGCGAAACUCGUGACAGCAAUGGUGAUCGGGUUGUUCGAGCAGGACUCCAACCCACCAAGGUGCUUCAGAACACACCUACCGCGGGUGCUGCUUGA